UUCCACAAACUUUAAUGGGUUUUCAUUGAUUUCUUUGCUGAAGAUAUUAUAUGCAUACAUGUUGCAAAAAUUGGACAAUUUUCUAGACAUAAACAAGUUCAAUUUGACGUAUAGAUCUAUUGUUCUAAUUUUCUGAUUUCAUAUCUAUAUAUAUAUAGCCGAUUAUAUGAUGCUCAGGAACAGUGACAAUAACGAGAACAAUGGCGCUGAGGGAGCAGCGACACAACCAGCAUGCGCUGCUUGCAAGCAUCAGAGGAAGAGGUGCAAAAGAGAGUGCAUACUGGCACCACAUUUUCCUGCUGAUAAAACCAAAGAAUUCCAAGCUGUUCACAAAGUGUUUGGAGUUAGCAAUUUAGGGAAACUUAUGAGUUGUGUCAGGGAAGUGGAUAGAAAGAAGGCGUCGGAAUCGUUCAUAUGGGAAGCUAAUUGCAGGCUACAAGAUCCAGCUUUAGGUCCUCAAGGAGAAUACCUGAAAGUUUGCGAGGAACUGAAGAAGUACAAGAAACUAUGUGAGGAUCUGAGCCGGACGGUGCAGUUACACAGAACGACAACACUGCCGGGGGGUGUCAUCGGAUGGAAUGGGACUAAUGGGAUGGGGAAUGGAAUCAUGAAUAGCAAUAAUAAUGCAUUCAGCUACAACAACGAUACCGGUAAUAACUUGAUGGUAGAUUUGAGUUCCUAUGGUUUUCAUUCACAUUAUGUUCAGAAUCCAGAUAAAGUACUAAAGCAACAAAAAGAUGUUGUUGGCCCUAUUGUUGUUCCAUACCAACAGCCACAGCAGCAGAAUUCAGUCAAUACUGGAUAUCAUCAGCAGUUCUAUCUUCCUGCCGGUCAAUAUGGUUCAGUGAAUGCCAAGACAAUGGAUGGUACAAUAUGGGAAGAUGAAUCCUAGCUAGUUGCAGCAGAGUCUGAGUUAAAUCUAUAGUGUCUGAUUAACAGAAUUAGGGUUCUCGUUUGAAUUAUUUAAAUUUUUUUGCUUUCUGGGUCUAUGGGAGUUGGGUAGAGGUUUGGGUUUCUUUUAGUAUAUUUCAAAAAGAACAAUGUGAUGUUUUUUGUACUGCAUUUGCAAAUGCAUAUGUUAUCAUAUUUACAAAUUAAAUUAAGAUUCUUUGUUUCCUGAAUAUCUAGGGCCAUUAACAUUGAUCUAAGACAAGCUUCUUCAACCUAAUCUCUUACUAUAUUUUCUAAUUCCCAGCUCCUAUGGCACUUUUAGCAGGUAGCAGUUCGAUCAAGCUUCUUCUGUUUCUUCUUCAUCAAAUUUCUUUACACAAACAGUAAUUAAUGCCUAAAUUUGGCCACCAUACCUUGCCACAGUCGUUUAGGAACCAGGCCCAAAUUAAUGCCUGGCUUGGUGGAGCUCCUCCUUCAGCCUCAGCCCUGGUUCGACUCGCUCACAGACCAUUUGUCGAACACCUGUCGUGUCCAAAUAGCCAGCCAUUCCCAAUUACAAGAUCGGCACCCACACAAGAAGC